AUGUGGACAUUUCAGGCAGACAGAUUGAGUGGAAUUGUCUCUGCUUUAGCAGCUCUUUGUCUCGCCUGCUGUGCGCAAAGCCCAUCCACUGGGAAUAUUUCUGUGGUGAAAGAGAUUGUGGACAAACUGCUGAAGGGCUAUGACGUCCGCCUCAGGCCUGACUUUGGAGGUAACCCUGUCACAGUGGGAAUGAGCAUCCAUAUCUCCAGCAUUGACCAGAUCUCUGAAGUCAACAUGGACUACACCAUCACCAUGUACUUCCAGCAGAGCUGGCGGGACAAACGCCUGGCGUAUAAUGACCUUCCUCUCAACCUGACCCUGGACAACCGGGUGGCUGACCAGUUGUGGCUGCCUGACACCUAUUUCCUGAAUGACAAGAAGUCCUUUCUGCAUGGGGUGACAGUGAAGAAUCGCAUGAUUCGGCUCCAUCCUGAUGGGACUGUCCUGUACGGCCUGAGGAUCACCACCACGGCCGCUUGCAUGAUGGACCUGCGGAGGUACCCCCUGGACCAGCAGAACUGCACGCUGGAGAUCGAGAGCUAUGGUUACACGGUUGAUGACAUUGUCUUCUUCUGGCAAGGAAAUGAUUCUGCUGUCACAGGGAUGGAGGUGCUAGAACUGCCACAGUUCACCAUUAUCGAGCAGAGGCUGGUCAGCAGGGAAGUGGUCUUCACCACCGGUUCAUAUCUGCGUUUAUCCUUGAGUUUCCGGAUUAAGAGGAACAUUGGUUACUUCAUCCUGCAGACUUACAUGCCAUCUAUUCUCAUCACCAUCCUGUCCUGGGUCUCCUUCUGGAUCAAUUACGAUGCUUCUGCUGCACGAGUGGCACUGGGGGUCACCACGGUACUUACAAUGACUACCAUCAACACCCAUCUGCGGGAGACUCUCCCCAAGAUCCCUUACGUCAAGGCUAUUGAUGUUUAUCUCAUGGGCUGCUUCGUCUUUGUGUUCCUGGCGCUCCUGGAGUAUGCUUUUGUCAACUACAUAUUCUUCGGGCGAGGCCCCCGGCAGCAAAAGAAACAGAGUGAACGGAUCAGCAAGGCCAACAAUGAGCGCCACCGUUAUGAGGAGAAGAGGGUGAGAGAGCAGGUUGACCCUUAUGGUAACAUCCUCCUCAGCACUCUGGAGAUGAACAAUGAGCUGCUGGCCACGGACAUGAUGAGCAGUGUUGGCGACUCUCGAAACUCUGUCAUGUCCUUUGAAGGCUCAGGAAUCCAGUUCCGCAAGCAGCUGGCCUCUCGGGAUGGAUUUGGUCACCACCCAACCCUGGACCGCCACGUCCCACUGACCCACCACGCUGCAGCCCGCAACCGUGCCAACUGCCGUCUCCGCCGGCGGUCAUCUAAGCUGAAGCUCAAAAUCCCAGACCUGACAGACGUCAGCACCAUUGACAAGUGGUCACGAAUCAUUUUUCCAAUCACCUUUGGAUUCUUCAACCUUGUUUACUGGUUGUACUAUGUAAAUUGA